UGUUGAAUCACAUGACUUUACCUCUCAAAACAAAUCCUUCCUGAGGAGAGAGUCCAGAUGAGACGGAUCACAAGCAACUUUGACACAAUGUCCACACUGCAAACAGGUCCUGUCUCUCCCACAGAAAUGGCGUCCCGGCUUCCUGUCAAACUGACUGGGCUUGUUGCAGCCACAUUCACCCCUCUCACGUCAGGAGGUGAACUGGACUUAUCAGUGAUCGGACCUUACGUCGUCUACCUGACAGAGCGGCAAGGUGUUCGGAACAUUUUUGUGAAUGGCACCACUGGGGAGGGCAUGUCGCUCAGCGUGGAGGAGAGGAAGAGAACGGCAGCAGAGUGGUGUCUGAGAGCCAGGGGAAAAAUGGAUAACGUGAUUGUGCACGUAGGUUGUUUGAGUCUAAAAGAUUCAAAGGAUUUGGCUCACCAUGCUGAGACCGCAGGAGCUGAUGGAAUAGGAGUGAUAUCUCCGUCCUUCUUCAAACCCAAAACCGCAGACGCUCUGAGGUCUUACCUGAAGGAGGUUGCCUCGGCUGCCCCCACUCUGCCUUUAUACUACUACCACCUCCCGGCCCUCACUGGCUCCAACCUGCUCGCGUCGGACGUCUGUAAAGGCCUGGAGGCGCUCAUUCCGACCUUCAGUGGCGUAAAGUUCAGUGGAACCGAUCUGAUGGACUUUGGACAGUGUGUCAGACACAGUCAGGCCGAUCAGGCGCUCCUCUAUGGCGUCGACGAGCAACUGCUGGCCGCUCUCGCCUUUGGAGCCAACGGAGCAGUGGGCAGCUUGUAUAACUAUCUGGGUUCCCACUUCAACAAACUAAUGAUGGCGUUUGCUCAAGGGGACAUCGUCGGGGCCAGAGCUCUGCAGUUCAGUGUGCAAGACCUUCUCGCCUUUGCCUCUAAAUACGGCUUUGAUGUCGCCGUGAACAAGCGGUUGAUGAGUGACUUAUCUGGACUGAUCCUCGGACCUCCGAGACUGCCUUUAGUUCCGUGUCGUCCCGAGGUGGCUGCUGCUGUCGCACAAAAGUACCGCCAGAUCUUUCCGGAACCUUGAGAGCUUUUAGAGUGACCAAAAAAUGACCCUGCUGACGCUCUCCUGAUUGCUUUGUUACCUGAGAAGUUACUAUUAUGUCCGGUUAUUAGUUUAAACUAGAGCCUGACCGCUAUAUCGGUUGGCUGAUUUUAUCGGCCGAUAUUGGCCCGUCACAGAUACAGUAUAUCGGUAUUGGGGUAUGUGUUUGCCGAUUUGAAAUGAUAUGGUGUCAUAUACUGUAGUGGAUGAACCUCUAAACUGCACAUCCGCACACUGAUAUCUAUAUUUUAAAUAUCGGACGAUAUAUCUAUCGGUUAUCUUUUUACUCCCUAAUAUCAGUAUCGGCCCUUAAAAUCCAUUAUCGUCGGCUCUAGUUUAAACCCACUUAACUUUAACUACUUCAAAUCAUCCAAUAUGGCAGGACUUGUAAUGCUUUUGGAUCUUUUUUUACACAAUUGUUUUUGUCAUAAUGUUACCUUUACGGUGCUUGAUAUAUGAGACAAAUCUGUUUUAUUACGAGUUGAUGAUUUUCUUGCUAACAAUGAAAAGGGGAAUUACAUUUUAAACAAUUCAGUCAACCCUCUCAUAAAUAAUUGAAUAAAGUUUGAUUUGGUACAUCUUUUUUUUUGCUCUGUUUCAAACA